AGCUGCUGCCGCUGAGACGGGAAAGUCAGAUCAGCCAGACGCCGCAGAGAGACGAGUCACAUGACCCUGAGGAGCCAGCCAAUGACCAUGCAGAUCUUUCUUCUUCCGUACCUCCUGAUGGCGGUUUCCCUCCAUGUCAUGGCGGGGCCGCCAUACCCAACACCCAAGACACGGGACAGCUACCCUGAUGGGUACAUGACAGGCAUGCCAGAGAUGUAUGAGACGCCGGACAUGCCGGGGAUGCCAGGGAUGCCGGACGACAUGCUGGGGAUGCCCAACACGACGGACAUGACGGACAUGCCACCCGGAGCCAUGGACGCCUACUGCCAGAUGCUGCUCCAGAGCCCGGGCGCCGUCCCCCCCGAUCAGAUCCCCUGGUACUGCCUCUGCACCCACUGCCAGGGUACCCAGGGACCCAAAGGAGACCGAGGAGACAGGGGCAUGCCAGGUCCACCCGGUAGUCCUGGUAGAAGAGGCUUGACGGGUUUCCGAGGUCCUCCAGGUUUCACCGGCAGACCAGGCAUUAAAGGACAGAAAGGAGACGGUGGCGACAAAGGAGACCAAGGCAUGCAAGGCCUGAUGGGACCCAAAGGAGGGCGGGGCUUCAAAGGUGAAAAGGGUCAGCCUGGUGUGGAGGGUCGUCCAGGGGAUCAGGGUCCCAAAGGAGAUGAUGGCGUCUGUCCCGAUGCCUGCGAAGCAAGCCAGGGCCCCCCAGGACCACCCGGUCUGCCUGGCUCUGCAGGACCCAGAGGGAAUCCUGGUCCUCAAGGGCCAAUGGGGCCAAAGGGGAGUAAAGGUGACAUGGGUAAUAUGGGUCCCAUUGGCCGUCCUGGAUCUCCUGGUGAGAAGGGGAACAUUGGGCCGAAGGGGGACUGUAACUGCACAGAUGGAGCCGAUGGGCUCAACGGGGACAAGGGGGACAAGGGGGACCAGGGUAAUCCAGGUCCAAUGGGGCCACAAGGUGCAGUAGGGCCACAGGGUCAGAAGGGAGAGAUGGGGAUGAUGGGGAUGAUGGGAUAUCCAGGUCCAUGCAUGCCCGCCAUCCAGUCCUCCUUCUCUGCAGAGUUGACGAGCAGUUUCCCUCCCCCCAACGCCCCGGUGGUCUUCUCCCAUGUUUUAUACAACGUCCAGGGGCAUUACGACGCAACGCUGGGCAUCUACUUCGCUCCAGUUAACGGUACCUACAUGUUCACCUACCACCUCACCGUCUACGAGCGGAUUCUCAAAGUCGGCAUCUUUCUCAACUUCUACCCAGUUCUAAAACAAACUGACGCCCGAGCAUUAGGGACCACCUCGCAUUUAGUCAUCCUUCACCUGUCCGCAGGGGACGCCGUGUGGCUUCAGGUGAAGGACGAGAACACCAACGGCAUGUACGCUAGCUACGAGACCAGCAGCACCUUCUCUGGCUCAUUGCUCUACCCAGAUUCCUGUGAUACGCCUUUACUUAGAACAUUCAGAGAUGAAAACUAUGAGGAGGGCAAUUACAGCUGGGGUGGGUCAACCGCCACACCCCCCACCGUAACCCCCUAAAGGAAACCAUCAGCCUGAAUAACACAUAAAUCAGUGCUGUUUGCCUGUAGAAAAUGUCCGUAAAUUAUUUUAGAUCAUUUUUAAAAGUCAGUUAGCAGUGCAUUCCCUGAUGAUUAGCUUAGGCCAAAGUCACAAAACAAAUACUUAAAACUAACAUCCCCUACAUUUGCCCCAAACCAGGAAAGAUG